AGUACAAUUCGUUCACUUUUGCCAAACUUCUUGUCACUAUGGCAAAGUUCUACUGCGUUUUAAUUUUAUUUCUGUCGUUGCACUCGCCUUCUUUGGGAAAUGGAAAUUCGAUUCAGGAGGAUUUGAAAUCGACCUUGGAUGAUUCCCGGAUUGUUAACGGUGUUCCGGCGCAGCCUAACCAAUUCCCCUACCAGGUGGUCAUGAUAAUCUACAUGGCCAAUGGAGCUGCGUUGUGUGGAGGAAGCAUCCUGAGCAAUCAGUGGAUUUUGACGGCUGGGCAUUGCGUUGAAGGUGCCAAACGAUUUUUAAUCAUCCUUGGGACUACUAAACUCUUCGACAGAUCAGAUCCUUCGCGAGUGGAAAUCAACGCAACCGAAUUCAUUCGUCACGAAAAAUAUAACCCCAAUACGAUUGUCAAUGACAUUGCCGUCAUUAAGCUGCCAUCGCCAAUAACCUUCACGGAUUCGAUUAAACCGGUUUCUAUUCAACGGAAAUCUACAAUCAUAGCUGGCAAAAAGGCCAUUGUGAGCGGCUUUGGCAUCACCAAGGAUAACGGAAAUGUUUCGGAAGUUUUGAAUUACGCUACGAUGAAAGUUCUGCUAAACGCGGAAUGUUCUCUUUUCUAUCCGACCUUAGUGAAAGCAACGAAUGUUUGUGCCAGAGGUUAUUUACUUGAAUCAGCUUGUCACGGAGAUUCUGGCGGACCGCUAGUUCUGGAAUCAACCAAGGAGCAAAUAGGACUGGUGAGCUUCGGACAUGGUUUGGGGUGCGAGAAGGGGCUGCCGGUGGUGUACACAUUGAUUUCGGCCUAUUCCAGUUGGAUCAACCAGAAAACAGGCGUUUAGUAUUGAAGUUGAAAAAACUAAAAUCGUUGGUAGACGUUGACGUAUAGAGUGAUCGAAGCAAGCUAAUUGGACAAAACCAUUACUUGAUACAUAUACAUUAGAUAAAAGAAAAAUAUGCUUAUUAUUAAUUCACUUCUACACUAUAUAAUACCAAUGUGGUACAAAGAAGGUGAUGAACAAACACGCACACUAUUACAGAACUCGUUACUCAAAAAGUAAAAAGGUAAACAAAGCCUACGUCACUUGCCAGGAUGUUUAUGUAUCCUAGGCGAGAAUCGUAAACAGCAGUUGGAAAUGAUUUUUUUCUCUAUAGUUUCCCCUGUUGGUUGUUUGUUUUAAAAUGCAACUGACGACACAAAUUUUCGUGGUUACAGUGUUUACAAAAAAAAACUUUUGCUAACACUUAGCACGGAAUUUCCAUCGCCACCUGAUAUGUGUAGGGGAGAGUGGGGUAAC